UGGCUUAUUUGUUACUACUAUUUAAUCCCCCAAAGCAGACCACUGAACCACGCAUCUAACAAAUUCUCGAUAAUAACAUACACACUCAUCCUUUCUCAAAAAAAAAAAAACAUAAACAAUCAGUCUUACAACAGUUGCCAAAUACCAUUCGAGAUCACGGAGAACGGCAUUGGCAAAAGUAACGGCAUCAGCAACGGCUAUGGCAUCGGUAAUGGGUAUGUAAACGGCCAUGGCAUCGGUAAUGAGCAUGGCAACGGCAACGGCGACGUUUAUGGUAAUGGAAAAGUUAACGGAGAAAAGGUGAAAAAAAUGAAACCAAUGGAUAGUGAGAUGCUGAGAGAGCAAGGCCACAUAAUGGUUGAUUUUAUUGCUGAUUAUUACAAAAACCUUGAAGACUCCCCUCAGGAUUUCCCUGUUCUUUCUCAAGUUCAGCCUGGUUAUCUCCGGGACAUAUUGCCUGAUUCAGCACCUGACCACCCUGAACCGUUGAAAGAACUUCUACACGACGUUUCAAAGAAGAUAAUUCCGGGUCUAACUCAUUGGCAAAGCCCGAGUUACUUUGCAUACUAUGCGUCAAGCACAAGUGUGGCCGGAUUCUUGGGAGAGAUGCUAAACGCCGGCCUGAGCGUCGUCGGUUUCACCUGGCUCGCUUCUCCUGCCGCCACUGAGCUCGAAGUCAUCGUUCUCGAUUGGCUUGCCAAAUUGCUCCAACUUCCCGACCAUUUUCUCUCUACAGGGAAUGGAGGAGGAGUGAUCCAAGGGACAGGAUGUGAAGCAGUGCUUGUGGUGGUAUUAGCUGCCAGAGAUAGGAUAAUGAAAAAAGUUGGCAAAAAUUCACUCUCUCAACUUGUUGUGUAUGCAUCCGACCAAACUCAUUCUAGUUUUCGAAAGGCUUGUCUGAUCGGUGGAAUACAUGAAGAAAACAUUAGGUUGCUCAAAACAGAUUCUUCCACAAAUUAUGGAAUGCCUCCAAAAUCACUCGAAGAAGCUAUUUCUAGUGAUCUCGCUAAAGGAUUUAUCCCUUUCUUCAUUUGUGCUACAGUUGGUACAACAUCUUCAGCUGCAGUUGAUCCGUUGUUCCCAUUAGGAAAAAUUGCAGAGAGCUACGGGAUAUGGAUGCACGUGGAUGCGGCUUAUGCAGGGAAUGCAUGUAUAUGCCCAGAAUUUCGAGAACAUAUUGAUGGAGUUGAAAACGCAGACUCCUUUAACAUCAAUGCUCAUAAAUGGUUAUUUGCUAAUCAAACUUGUUCACCACUUUGGGUUAAGGAUCGGUACUCUCUCAUUAAUGCACUCAAAACAAAUCCUGAGUAUCUUGAAUACAAGGUUUCUAAGCGGGAAGAGGUCGUAAAUUAUAAAGAUUGGCAAAUUUCUCUUUCUCGGAGAUUCAGAUCACUAAAGUUAUGGAUGGUCUUAAGGCUCUAUGGUGCCGAGAACUUGAGAAACUUUAUAAGAGACCAUGUCAAUCUCGCUAAGCAUUUUGAAGAUUGUGUAGCUCAAGAUGCACAUUUCGAGGUUGUCACUACUCGGUAUUUUUCACUCGUUUGCUUUCGAUUGGCUCCUAUUGAUGGUGAUGAAGACAAAUGUAACGAUCAAAACCGUGAAUUAAUUGCGACCGUUAACUCUACCGGCAAGAUCUUCAUCUCUCACACGGCUCUGUCGGGAAAGUUCAUUUUACGAUUUGCUGUUGGUGCACCGUUAACAGAGGAGAAGCAUGUGACCGAAGCAUGGCAGAUUAUACAGAAGCAUGCCACCAAAUUUAUCCACAAUAAAAAAAAUUGAGAAUACUUUUAAAAAAUCUAUCUGUCAGUUCUUUUUCGCACAAUUAUAUUAAAGUCUUUUCUAUAUACAACAUCUUCUAUGAAGGGAUUAAAUGAUAACUAUUGGUAUUUUUUGACUAAAUGAUUACUAUUGUUUGUAUGCUUGACAAUAUUUCACGAAAUAAAAGGCUCUUUGUAUUGUAAUUUGCCAAAACUAAAAGUAAUAACAAAACUUAGUAUAAUAA